AUGAGUGACAAGAAGAAUCUAGCCAUGUUGGCUCAACGGCCGUGUCUUGGGGUAUUUCCACCCGCUGAUUGGGUAGAUCGUAUUAAUCAUACGCUGCUUCGAGUAGCUCCUGAAGGAUUAAAAGAUGUUAAUACACUCAUGUGUGGCUCGUGCUCGAACGAAAAUGCUUAUAAGGCGGUGUUCAUGUGGUUUCAGGCCAAGUUAAGAGGAGGAAAACCACCAUCUGAGCACGACUUGGAGACAAGUAUGAUGCAUCAAUUGCCUGGGACACCAAACUUGAGCAUUUUAUCCUUCCAAGGGGGUUUUCAUGGCCGUCUCAUGGGUUGUUUGUCAACAACACAUUCCAAAGCAAUUCACAAGGUGGACGUACCGGCAUUUGACUGGCCAGUUGCACCAUUUCCCAAGUUAAGAUACCCGAGAGAUGCUCACCACGCUGCUAAUGACGCGGAAGAAACACGAUGCUUGAAUGAGGUUGAGAAACUGCUCAAACAUAGUGCUGGAGUGACCAAGCCUGAGGACUCUCGUAUUGCUGGAAUGAUUGUUGAACCGAUACAAGCUGAGGGGGGAGACAAUCACGCGAGCCCUUUAUUCUUCCGUAGACUACGCGACUUGGCUGCCAAAUAUAGUGUGGCAUUCAUCGUGGACGAGGUACAAACGGGAGGUGGUAGCACGGGCACAUUCUGGGCGCAUGAACACUGGGAGCUGGACAAUCCACCUGACCUCGUAACUUUCAGCAAGAAGAUACAGACGGGUGGGUAUUUUGCAAAGGAAGAAUUUCGCCUGAAGGAGGGCUACCGCAUAUUCAACACGUGGAUGGGAGACCCCACAAAGAUGAUCACUCUGAAGGCGGUGCUUGACGUAAUGGAGAAUGACAACCUCUUGGAGAAUGUCAACAUUACUGGCGCGUACCUGAAGACUGGGCUAAAUGAGAUUGCUUUAGAGUUCCCCGCACUUGCGUCAAAUGUACGUGGGCAGGGCACGUAUCUGGCGAUAGACUUCCCGUCCGAAGCUGUACGAAACAAAUUUGUGAGUCUAAUGAAGACAAAGGGUGUCGCAUCGGGAGGCUGUGGAAGCAAUUCAGUUCGGUUUCGGCCCUCUCUGGUCUUUCAACCAAAGCACGCAGCGGAAUACUUGGACAAGAUGCACGAGGUCUGCACCUCCAUUGUCAGUCAAGGCCUAGAAUUUUGA